AUGAUGGAUGAUAGAAGCUACUGUAAUCCACCAGACAAACUUCCUGUCUUCUCCAAUUCUGCCCACUUGCCACUGACCAGGUCCUUCUAUCUGGACCCCAUGGUCACUUUCCACCUGUGCCCUGAGGCCCCAGUGCCAUCCCCUUACUCUGAAGAGCUGCCAUUGCUGCCUUUUAGCAGUGACUCCCUGAUCAUGGAAAAUUAUGGUGAACCCUGCCCCUUCUCUUUCCCAAUGCCUUAUCCAAAUUAUAGAAGGUGCGAAUACUCCUAUGGGCCAGCCUUUAUCCGGAAAAGGAAUGAGCGGGAAAGGCAGCGGGUAAAGUGUGUCAAUGAAGGCUAUGCUCAGCUCCGACAUCAUCUGCCAGAGGAAUAUUUGGAGAAACGACUAAGCAAAGUGGAAACCCUCAGAGCUGCAAUCAAGUACAUUAACUAUCUGCAGUCUCUUCUGUACCCUGAUAAAGCUGAAACCAAGAAUAACCCUGGGAAAGUUUCCUCCAUAAUCUCAGCCACCAGCCGCCACACUGACCCUAUUUUUAGAAUCAUUUGA